GAGGACGCUGGGUAAAACUGCGAACGGAGAAUAGGCAACGAGCGACGGCUUAGGACGGGACUCCGGAAUCUGUCAGGUGAUCAAUGGCUUUCUUUCGUCUUCAUAACCAGCUUGUCCUCCUUUCAUCCGCGCAACCCUCUCUGCCCGCUCGAAUUCCUGUGUCCAAAUAUUCCUUAGCGUCCUCUCGCCCGCCAAGUCUGUCUGUGCAUCGCAAAAUGUCCACAUUCAAGCAGGAACCUCACAAAUUACUACUCAUCCCGGGUCCUAUAGAAGUGACCGAUGAGGUUCUCUACGCGAAUGCAUACCCACCAGUUGCACACACUUCAGCGGACUUUAUUCCGAUCUUCGGAGACAGCAUAAGGUUGACGAGGGAACUGCUAUAUAGUUCUGAUGCACAGAUAUUCUUGAUUGCGGGGUCAGGGACGUUGGGUUGGGAUCAGGUAUCCUCCAACCUUAUAGAGCCUGGCGAAGAAGUCCUUGUACUCAAUAGCGGGUAUUUUGGUGAUAGCUUUAGUGACUGCCUUAAGACAUAUGGCGCAAAAGUAGACGAGAUCCGUGCAGAUUUUGGGGCAGCGGUUUCCAAGUCUGACCUUGAAAAGGCCUUGCUGGCAAAGAAAUACAAGGCCGUUGCCUUUACGCAUGUAGACACAUCAACAGGCGUGCUUUCCGAUGCAAAAAUGGUCGGCGAGACAGUGAAGGCCAUUUCGCCAGAUUCAUUGGUCAUCCUUGAUGGUGUCUGCUCUGUCGCUAGUGAAGAGAUUCGCAUGGACGACUGGAGCAUUGAUGCGGUCAUCAGCGCAAGUCAGAAAGGUCUCGGCGCGCCUCCUGGUCUCAGUAUCGUUGCUGUCAGUCAAGCAGCGCUGAAGGUCUCAGCAACUCGGAAGACUCCAGUCACUUCGUAUUACGCAAGCUGGAAACGAUGGCUACCCAUCAUGAAUGCGUAUGAGAGCGGUAAACCCAUGUACUUUGCAACGCCUCCAGUCAACCUCAUCCGCGCAUACCACACCUCCCUCAAGCAAAUUACACGAGCUGCGCCGUCCCUCGCGGAUCGUUUCAAACUACAUAAGGAAGCGAGCCAACGGGUCAAGGAUGCUGUUGCUGAGCUUGGUCUCAAGCAGGUGCCUACAGAUCCAUAUUACGCCGCUAAUGGCAUGUCUGCCGUAUACCUUCCUGAUGGUCUCGGCGUUGCCGAUUUGGUUCCUCGACUGGCGCAGCGAGACGUUGUGAUCACUGGUGGUCUUCAUAAGGACUACAAAGACAAAUAUUUCCGUAUCGGACACAUGGGUGUGACCGCAGUGAACCCCGAACGCGGAGAUCUGGACAAACUCAUCGCUGCACUGAAGGACUCAGUUCGGGAAGCCAUUGCGAGUAAGAAAAUGAUGCCAAUUCAAAGUUGAGAAGCUCAUAAAACAUUCCUUGCAUUUUCGUUGUUGUAACACCACCAUUCAUUCAUGAUUCAUGUUAUCCAAUUGCAUUGUCUGCAAAUGCCAUUCGCAUACAUGAAUUGAUCAAAACCUGAAUGAAAUGGUGACCAAUGAAAUAUUGUAGAUUGCAAUCGCGAACGGAAAACAAAAGGACUACGCAGGUCCGUCCGCGGCCUUAUCUCCGCACAACUUCCGCAAGGCUUUGAACCAAACCAGGACGUCGACGUCCCAAAGACGGAAGACCUUGGCGGGGGUCCGCCUCACCUUCGGGGUUCCGAUGGAGUUCGCUGGGUUGGUGGGCAGCGGGGUUAGAGUGGAGGCAUUCUCCUUGAGGACUGAUAGACUAGGGGCUGGUUGAGGUACGCUAGAUGUGCUCAGGGGGCCUGGGAUGCAUAUCACUCACGUAUGGGACAUUUGCAUGCUUGAAUACUACACCCAUUGAGUCGUUUGUAAUUAU